AUGGUCAGGCUGCGGCUUUGGACCAUAGAUCGGCUCAGUCUUCAGCCAUGGAUCAUUGUAUCCAUCUAUGACGUCUCUCAGGCCCUGCGUGCCCCUGAUGAACUGAUUUUCCGCGGACGGCAUGAUCAGGGGAUGCAGGUCUACCAGGAGACGCGCUUCAGACCGGUUCCGCAGCGCGUAAUGGAAUCUGUCAACAUACUCGUCAUCGAACAGGGUGCCCUGGGGAGUUGCGAUCGGCUGACGGAGAAGACGCUCACAGAGCGCGAUGUCGUCGGGCGUCGGGCCGGCUGGGGACGGCUGCAUGAAGCAACCCUUGGUCUCCAGUAUGGUCACAUAGUUCACAGCUCGGAGACCGACCGAGCGCGUCCCCGGUCGGUAGAGAUCGAGCGGGAUCGGGAUCGCUUGGAUGCUGGUUCACUCAUUUCUUCGACGAAAGCAGCCUCCGGCGCUGGUAUCCACUGGUAUAUUUGGUCUUCAAGCGGGGUGGACGGUGAUCUGGCGAGGAGGGAGAAGGCGGCUGUGAUGAUUUCCUACGGUCGUGCUUCCUCUGCAAAGGUUCUGGAUUCGUGCUCAAGCUACCUCGCCGGGGAACUUUGGACGGCCGCUCCUCACCAUCACUCUGAGAGUCGCAUAGAUCGGGCGACGUUCCACGUUUCAUGA